GGGAGGACGUUGGCACCCGGACGCUUGGGCCCCCCCAGUGCCCCAAAGGGGCGGGGAGUGGGGAUGGGGCCAAAUGCAGACACUGGGCACCCCAAAUGCCUGGGUCCCCCAAACUCCUGGGUCUCCCCCACCCUGCAGCAGCUUUGGUCUCCCCAGCCAUGCGGUUCUUCAUCUGCCUCUUCUUCCUCAUCCCGGGUGCUGCCCCAGCCGUCUGCCCGAAGCCGGUGACGGGCCCGGAGGAGGUGGUGGCUGGGCUGGGCUCCUGCGUCCUCAUCCCCUGCCGCUACAACUUGUGCCAGGCGGGACCUGGCACCCGCCUGCCCGCCCUGCGCUGGCUGCAGAAGCCUGUCUAUGACCAUGGCCGCCGCGACUACCUUGGGGGGCUGCUGGUGAGCACCGGCACUGGUGCCACCAGCUCCAGGGCCAGGAUUGGGGUCGCGGUGUCGCCCCAUGCUCCCACUGCCGACACCGCCUCUGGGGAGGGGGACUGCAGCCUGGUCCUGUCCCAUGUCCGAGCGGAAGAUGCCGGUGAAUACGGACUGCGGCUGGAGGCCAACGGCACCCGCCCCAACCGUGACCUGCGCUGGUUCCACAAAGUUGUCCUCAACGUCACUGAUGCUCCCCCUGCUCCCCGCCUCUGGCCAGACCCGCAACACCUCACCGAAGGGCGCAUAACCACCCUGGGGUGCUGGGUGCCCCCUGCCUGCCCUGAGGACACUGUCGCCCUUGCCUGGGAUGGGCCAGCCUCCAGAGUGGCAGGGGCAAAAGUGCAACCCUGGACCCCUCCAGACCUCACUAUGUUCCCCCCGGCCACUGGCAUCAGCUUGGACUUCAACCCCACCUGGUACCAUGACAAGUCCAACCUCAGCUGCCUCCUGCGGGGGGCUGAUGGGAAGACUGUGGCCCAGACAACCCGCCAGCUCCAGGUCCACUAUGCUCCGCGGGAUGUACGGGUGGAGGUGAUGCCGACAUCCCCAGUCCACGAGGGCUGGCAGGUGACGCUGAGCUGCCACGACUCUGCCAACCCCCCAUCCUUCGCCUAUUCCUGGAGCCUGAAUGGCCUGAUGCUGCCCUCCAGAAUGGACAAGGUCCUCCUGCCGUCAGUCCAGGUCCGCGAUGGCGGUGCCUACCACUGCCAUGCCACCAACAUUGUGGGAACGAUUGAGUCCCAUCCCACCAUCCUCGAGGUCUACUAUGCCCCGCGGGAUGUGCGGGUGGAGGUAACGUCCCCUGUCCAUGAGGGCUGGGAAGUGACGCUGAAAUGCCGCGACUCUGCCAACCCCCCGUCCCGCACCUAUGCCUGGAGCCUGGAGGGCCAGAUCCUGCCUCACAGCUCAGCCCAGCUCCGUCUGUGGCCAGUCCGGGAAGUGGACGGUGGCUCCUACCGCUGUCAGGCCACCAAUGUCAUAGGGACGGCUGAUUCCCCCCCAACUCUCCUUGAGGUCUACUACCGGCCCAGGAAUGCCACCCUGACGGUGCUGACCCCCCUGCCGGUGCUGGCGGGGACCCGUGUAUCUCUGCACUGUGAGCUCGGCCUGGCCCACCCACCUCCGUCCACCAUCCAAUGGCUGCGCAACGACCGCCAUGAGGCCAACACCAUCGGCCCCACCUUCAGCUUCACCGCCGAGCCCACCCGCGCCAGCACCUACCGCUGCGUUGGCCAAAACGUCGCUGGCUCCACCCAAUCCCCGCCCCUUGCUGUCAUCGUCUGGUAUCCUCCCCAGGCUGCUUGGGUGCGGCAGAGCCCCAGGGGAGAGCUGGUGGCUGGGAGAGGCCCAGUUCGGCUGCGCUGUGAGGCUGGGGUGGCCGAGCCCCCCUUCUACAACAUCAGCUGGUUCAAGGGGGGGCAGCGGCUGCCAGCCUCUGGCCCCAACCUGCUGCUGCCCGGUCCUGAGCCUGCCGAUACUGGCACCUACAUCUGUGAGGUCCGAAAUGUCGCAGGGGCUGCCCGCAGCGCCCCCACCACCCUCAACAUUCUCUUUGGGCCACGGUCGGUGGAGCUUGUGCCGGAGCCAGGAGAGGACGUGUAUGAGAUGACCAGCGUGGCCCUGCACUGCCGCGUGUCCGCCCAGCCCCUGCCCGAUGCCUUUGAGUGGUUUCGUGAUGGUCGAACCCUGGGCCGGGCCUCCAAGGACCUGUGGGUGCUGCGUGCCGUGGGCAUCCAAGCAUCUGGGCGCUACCGCUGCCGCGCCACCAACUCCAUCGCCUCUGCCGACUCCCCUGAUGUCACCAUCACAGUCUACUACACCAGGGCCACCAUCCUGCGAAAGACCUUCCUGGGCCUCGGUGUGGGGCUGAGCAGCCUCCUGCUGCUGGGCGCCCUUGGGUGCUUCCUCCGCCGCCGGUGGCAGCGGCAGAUGGCAGCUGAUGAGGAGCCAGUUGUGGAGCCGUCGGGGACCUUCUUCCUCCGCAACAAAAAGCCUCGUCCACCCGCGUCCCCACAGCCACCCCACACUGCUGAUGACACCAUCAGUUACUCAUCACUGGUGUCCCCUCCUGGCUCUGGACCUGUCCCCAGGGUGCAAGGGGACACUGUGGUCUACAGCAUCCUCAAGAGGAAUGAUGGUGCUGCAAAGGCCACCGAAGGACCCGACUAUGAGAACGUCCCCUCUGGUCCCAGGGGCAGAGCUGGGGACAGGGAUGGGGACGGGGACGGGACACUGCUCUAUGCAGCUCUGGCGCUGUCCCCCCCAGUGACACCCCAGGAACAUGCUGGGGGCAUGGGAGACGCUGUUGAAUAUGCAGCCCUGCGGCACUGAGCCCUCAGGGACAUGGGGACACCAGGACAAAGGAAGGUGGCCACCAGGGUGAUGUGGGGACAUCAGGAAAUAUCCACUGGGACAUAGGCAAAGUGGGGAUAUGGGGACACAGGACAACGGCCACCACAGAGGACAUGGGAACAGGGGACGUGGGGACUCGGGCAAAUGACCACCACAGAGAUGUGGUCACAAGGGGAGUCACAGCCAGAUGGUGACAUUGAGGGCAGGGGGACAUGGGGGACUCCAGAGCUGUGGCCACUGCAGGGGCAUGGCCUCGACCAUCAUGACAUGUCACCACGGGGGGGGGGGGGGGGGGGGGGGGGAGGGACACACAUGCAAAACCAAUGCGAGGACCAUGGCCACCACUACUGUUGGGCACUUGCCAGGACAGUCUUGCUGGGGACAUGCUGGGGACAUAUCACAGCCACUGAGGGAGCUGCCACCACCAAUAAAUUCCUCCUCUGGG